GGGGGGACUGUAGUGGACAGUCUAGAUUUAAUUGUACUGCAUUCAAUAGGGGGAGAGUCGUAGCUAGUGGACGGCCUAGGUCUAACUCCUCUGCAUUCAAGGGGGGUCGUAGUGGACAGUCUAACUCCACUGCAUUCAAGGGAGAAGGUCGUGGGGGGAGAUCUAGAUCUAAAUCUACUGCAUCCAACGUAGAAGGCCGUGGGGAACAAUGUAAGUAGAAGCAUUGGAGAAAACUGCCCACCUAGCUAUUGCAGUGUUUGUACUUAUCUGGAUUUUCUCAAACAGCCGUUUCUCUUUAGGUGGAUCCCCUCCUAUCCUAACCUCUCUUAUCUUAGCCUAUCCACUCCUAUCCUAUCAAACUAGCUUACCUAGUUUACCGCAAGAUUUUUGCAAUGCGUAUUAAUUUGUAUCCCGCAAUUAGUUUGUUUGACGUAAGAAAGGUUAUCGACAAGUGCAAGAAGUGUCUAGCAACAUUAUCAGCAAAUCAAUGCGUAUUCGAUGAUCGUCCACCAGGUUAUCACUUCGGCCAUUAUUUUAGCAACAUAACUAGCAUAGCAUUAGCUUCGCAAAUGUACUACAAUUACAAAGAAAGGCCGUCUAUAGAUCUACUCACUAAGCUGAGAACCAAAUUUAGCUUUUGACGAGGUGCGCGAACUGCCAUCGUGUCAUCUAAAACCGCAACAGUUUGUCGAUUUCAGUGCUUCGCUGUUGGUUAGCAGUGGCGCCUGUCGCUCUAGUCGCAGUGUGGGCAUCCUGCUUGCCACUUUGUUUUCUAUCUGGUAUGGCGCCCUAGCCUAUGCAACAUCGCUUGCUAUGUAGUGGUCACGUUGUAGAGGCACAAGUGACCACUUGAGAAACAUCCCCACAAAGUGGCGACGCACGCGCGGGCGUCGAGCUAGAGACGUGGCGCCGCCACUCUCUUAACCUCGUCGGGCCGAUCAUUUAAAGUCGCCGGGUCGAUCAUUUGAGUCGGCGGGCUCGUAGAGAAUAGAAUGAUAAAGCCAAGGCCGCUCUUUCAGUGGCCCCAGACUACAGAAAAAAGUAGCAAGCCAGAGAACUUCUGACUCUAAUUCUAACUAUUACCUCGUGAGCAGGGUAACGAUUUUCCUCGAAGUUUAGUGCUAGAACCAGAUGAGGGGGGUUCGCUAGUGAUCUCACAGACACGACUGGAUAUGUUGGAGAUAUGAAGGGCUAUCGUUAUGAGGAAGGUUCGACAACAUGACAUGUCGUGAGUGCUAACGCUACUUAGUAGAGGAGUUCGCUCGAUAUUGGAUAGCACGCACUUAGUAAGAAGGGACUCGGACUCCCGUGAUUCGUCUUCUUUAUGAGCCGACCACGACUCAAAAAGCGAACUCACAAGCACUGCUCGAGAACACAGGUUUUCCCUGUGGGCGAUGAAUAAUUAAGGCUAUCUUCAUGGGGGGAAGGGGAACCGGGAGGGGGUUGCUAUCGAGAAUUCGUAAACCGAACCCUCUCGGCGAUAGGGUCGCGCGCGAGAAUAAUAAUGAUCGUCCCGCCUCUUUCCAUGACCUCCCAGAAGUACUAUCACAGCAGCGUAAUGCACAAAAUUUCCAAACUGUUGCUAGAGUAGUAAAACAAUCCAUCCUGAGAUAUUUUUGCUGUAGAUGACACAUCAAUUCUGAAAACAUGAUUAUGGUAUUACUUCUAUUGAUGACACGACACUCACACUGGAAAACAUGUUCAUAGUACUAUCGCUGUUGAUGACACAUCAUAAAAUGAAAAACGCUGCUGACGGGAGAAGGCGUCCACGCCAGUGGAGGGAACG